UCCUUCUCGGCUUGUCCACCCUUUUGCUAGUCGCUACCCUCCCCACCUUCAGCGAAGCCUUGUAACGGCGUAACUUGGCCGACAAAUCCGGGACAGAAUGGCGUCAGGUGUGACCGUGAACGACGAGGUCAUCAAGGUGUUCAACGACAUGAAGGUGCGCAAGUCGCACAGGACGCCGGACGAGGUGAAGCAGCGCAAGAAGGCGGUGCUCUUCUGCCUCAGCGACGACCGCAAGAAGAUCAUCGUGGAGGAGAACAAACAGAUCCUGGUGGGCGACAUCGGCGAGACGGUGGACGACCCGUACGCCUGCUUCGUCAAGCUCCUCCCCCUCGACGACUGCCGAUACGGACUCUACGACGCCACCUACGAGACCAAGGAGUCCAAGAAGGAGGACCUGGUCUUCAUCUUUUGGGCUCCCGAUGGCGCCCCCCUCAAGAGCAAGAUGAUCUACGCCAGCUCCAAAGACGCCAUCAAGAAAAAGUUUACAGGCAUCAAGCACGAGUGGCAGGUGAACGGGCUGGACGACAUCCAGGACCGCAGCACGCUGGCCGAGAAGCUGGGCGGCAACGUGGUGGUGUCUCUGGAGGGGAAGCCGCUGUGAUGUCACGGGCGCCGAGCCAACCUGCCGUGCCAUCCGGACCCGACCGCCCCGAGCCCACCAGAACACCGCUGCCGCUUGCCGUGUGUGUCCGCGUCAUGAAGGAGUUGGCGUCUUCAGGCCUCAGUGUUUUCUUUUUUUUUUUUUUUUUUUUAAAUUUUUGGGGGGGUUUGGGGUUUUGUUUCGUUUGCUUUUGUCUCCCCGAAAGAUCUCAUUAACUUAAAAAUAUGCAAACACCUCCCACUUUGUUGCCACAUGAAUUGUUGACCCGGCAGGAAAGGUCGUCUCAAGAGUUUUGCCAAAAAAAAAAAAAACUUCGGCCUCCAACUGCGAGGCUUUUCUUUUUCUUUUUUACGUGACUUUAAUUUAUUCUUGUUUGUCGCCGCGCGGCUCCACGAUUCAUCGCAGCACAGUUAGCGUUAGCUCUCUCUCUCUCCCGCCCGCCUUGCGUUUUGCUUUGAAUGUAACCACCGCCGCCACACUUCACUACAGUGCACUUUGAUUUGGGAAGCAUCACACUACGGGAAACAGAUAGGACCCCCUUUCGCCCCGCCAAGUCCCGGUGAGAGAUGACCGAGGCGCCCCCCCCCCCCCUCGCAGCGACGACGAGAACGCGACAACAUCCGCAGCCUUACGGUGGAACCUUGAUUGUGACCUCGCAGGAAGCCACUCUGCAAUAAAAGCCUGUGGCCCCGCC